CAUUCACACGCAAACACUCUCAGACGUACGCACACCCAACCUCUCCUACUCCUCUUACUCCUCCAUCACAUCCUGUCCCAAUUUACCGAGACCUGGACCAGACCAGACACCGAACAUCCAUGA